AAUUGAAAGGAAAUCAUGUCUGUCCUGCAAGCGUUGCGUGAGACUGACCCUGAGUACACGGAUGUGGUGAAGAAAAUGAAAGAAUCCAUUGUCUCCCACAGGAAUGGAAUUCCGCUCUCGGAUUACGUCGUGACCAAGGUGGAAAAGGUGGUUAAUUCGAAGUUGGAGUCGCAGCACAAAUCAAUCAUCAAGAUGAUCAAAAUGGAAAUGAGCAAGGAAGAUGCAGCCAAUGCACUGACGUUGCAUCUUUAUCACGGCAGUCCAAAUGCGCAGAAAAUCGCCCUUGGCGGAUUCGAUGUCGAAUUUUCGGCUACUCAAAAUAUGUUUGGCAAAGGCAUUUACUUUGCGGCGCUGUCGUCAAAGAGCAAUCAGUACGCGUGGGGCAACAACGCCGGGUGUCCGCAGCACCGGAGCCGUUCUUGUUGCGUUUGUCCACGCCAGUUGCUGCUUUGCGAGUGCUUCAUGGGCAAGCCGUUCAAGCCGACGCGCGCCAAUGAGCCCGUGCCCAGGGGCUUCCACAGUGUCAUCGCUGAGCCGGCAAACGUGUCUGGCCUCCGAUACCCUGAGUACGCCAUACUCAACAGUGCCCAGGCGUUGCCGCAGUAUCUGAUCACAUACAACAUCAAGCCCUGAAUUGAGGAUCACGUGGAGUGUGUGCUUUUAAAUUAUCAACAAAAAUAUAGGUGUUCUCACAAUUUAAGUCCAAGCAAAUUGUCUUGAAUGAAUUUAUGUUUUUAAAAUGUCAAUGACGUAAGAAUAAUAAAUA